UAUAUAGGAAGAGGAGUCUUUGCAACCGAACCCUUCAAAAAGGGGGAUUUCCUCCUACAGUAUAGGGGAGAGAGAAUAACUGGCAGUGAAGGGGAGCACAGGGAAAAGAACUAUCCAGAUGAAGCUGGCAAUUUUUUAUACUUUUUUAAAGAUCUUCAAGGAACUUAUUGGUAGGUAUUGUAAUGCACAUCCUUGGAAACCCAAGGGCAGUUGGUGGGACAACAGAACGUUCGUGGUGAAAGUUUACUAUAAAAUCGGGAACAGCCUCUGGGCACUAAUUACUCUUACCAAACCAGUUCCAGAAGGGUUUGAAUUGCAUGCUUCUGAUUGGGCAGAAAAAUUGGCCACGAGUUUGUUUUCACAAAAUGUUAACGAGCGAGGCUUUGCGACGUGGAUUGUCGUCGUCAAAACAGACCUCUGAAAACAAACCUCUAGGACCUGAAGGUUCACAAAGUCUUUGCCGUCUUUUCGCUUCACACUAAGGAUAAACUGGCAGAGAUAUUCAUUUAAUUCUUUGGCUUUGAUGUCGUCAGCAUUUCUUUGUUCGUGUUUUUAUCUCAGAAAUUCAAUGAGUACCUUCACAUCUCUCAUCAUUUUAACCCUUGCAUUUUUGUUUCGUUGCUUGAUAAUAUAGUCGUAAAUUGACUUUUCUUAAUGCUCAAAUCUAGUGGAUCCUUGAGCCAUUGUUAAUGGUACAAAUGUUUUCUUGCUAUGGAGCUUUGCACGCAAGCAACUUAAAUGAAAUCAGUGGUAUGUUGAAAACAAGUCUCCUGAUUGGACGAAAAGGUUUACACAUGUGUGAGAAAACCAUCUCGCUCGCUGUGACUUGCUAUCAGAAUUUUUAAAGUAGGUUUUCAUAUGAAGAAAACUGUAGCCUGCAUGACAGGCGCUUUAUGAGCCAAGCGGGGCGAACAUGAUAUUUCGUGCGGAGCGCGACACGAGUGUGAAGCGCGAGACGAGGGAAAGGGAAAAAUAAAGCUUUAUUUACUUUCGCUUUAUUUUUCUCUUUCCCUCGUGUCGCGCUUCGCGCUCGUGUCGCGCUCCACGCGAAAUAUCGCGUUCGCCCCGCUUGGCUCAUAGAGCACCUGUCAUGCAGGCUUUGAAAACUGUGAGUAAAUCUCAGUAUGUAUAUAAUAUUACACCAGUGUCACCCAGCUGUUCCUCUUUGCUGAUUGACCAGAAAAACAUUUUUCUGGCCAAUCAGAAGCAGGCAAUUCAAACCUUCCUGGAACUGGUUCAGUAAGACUAAGUGCCCAGGCCGGUGCUGUUCUGGAUUGUGUAGUAAACUUCCAUCAUCAUGAACGUUCUAUCGUCCAGGCUAACUACCCCUGGGUUUUCGAGGAUGUGUAAUGCACUGCGGGAGCAGUACAAUAUUAAUAAAUAAAAAGUAACAAUAAUAACAAAAUCACCAAGUUUUUACAGACUGAAAGUAAGAUUUUUUUGUGAAAGCUUAAGCACAAGAGUACAGUAAUUCGAAAUUUGUUUUCAUUUGCUCAGACAUUUAUCUUCAGAAUUGCAAGGUUUGAACUAUAUUGAACUAGGUCAUGUGAAGAGAAUCACAUCUAUUGCAAUUCCUAGCUCCACAGUCAUCCACAAAAAGUGAAAAAUUACAGCUAACAAAAUAAGUAGAUUCCAGCCAAGCUGUGGCUUAACUCAUUAUAUGCCCAGGACUUUUUACGUUUUCGAGUGAUUUUCUACAUACAAACAACCCAUAGGAUUUCGUGACUUCGUAUUUGGAGUUACCAUGGAAAGCGGCGCUGUUCUGAUACACUGAAGGCUCGAGUUUUUUGAAAACGUCAUUCUCACAUCAGUAAUUUUGCUUCAUUGAGCUGUAAUAACGGCUGAAGUUUGGUUUGUAUGCGGUUUUUGGUAAGUUUACAGCCAUUUUUCAUCUUUAGUGGCUACCUGAUGAGCAUCAUUAAGCAUAUGACAGUAGCAAAGAUUCCACUUUCUCAAAGAAGCGAGUAAGGUGAUGUACUUCCUUUGCGAACUUGGCUUGUUUCUCGUUGAACUGGAAAAAUGGCCGCUCCAAAACGAAGUCACUUUAGGACUUGACUACUGAUGAACUUCUUGACAUACUGCAUAUUUAGGAAUUUGCGACUACUGAGAGUUACAACAAGCAUGAAAUUUCCGUGGUAGGUCGGAGUGGCUUUACGGACUUAGUAUAAAUUAAUAUCAAAAAAGUGGAGGAAGGAAUGGCUGCUGUCAAAAAUUCUGGCUAUUUCCCGGCACAAAACGCAGUUGUGAUGUUGAAAAUUGAUGCAAAGGCAGGAUGCACUAGAACAAAAGGCUGUAGCUAAUGGCCCCGGUAAACGAAUAAGAGCAAAAAAAUCGCUUCUAAGCUAGAAAAAGGAUUGAAUUUUACUGUGAAUGUUGACUUUUGGUUUUGCAACGAUAAUUUCUGUAAAAAACCUGAAGGCAAAAAACCUGAUUUUUCUUGUUUUUCUACGAUGUCAAAAACGGUCAUUUUUGUCCUUGUCCAAAUUCAAAAGGUAAUCAUUUGCAAAAAGUGCCGACUUUUUUGCAUUUAUUGGAUACCCCAAUGCUAACAACUGACAGUUAAGGCAAUGUUCGCACGAUUGAGAAAGUUGCAUUGCGACGUGUUGUUGCAACUUGUUGCCUACAGUGCUCCCACGUUAAAAAUCAUAUCUACAUCACAGGCAGGAGCAGGAACAGAUGAAUGUGCAGAUUUGGGUUAAAUCCAUUUGAAAGUGAAGUCACAACAACUACUUCAUGUAUAAAGCAUUGAAACAGUCCAGGGGCCAAAUCACAAUCUAAAGAGCGUUUACCCCACGAGGGUCUUUAUGUACGAUUGCCUGUUAAAUGGUUAAUUGUAUACCUAAAUGGUUAAAACUUGUACAAUUUCAUAAAGAAUUUACAAUUUACAAUAAAUUGAAAUAAAUGUUUUCCUGUACCAUACAUUUCUCAAUGCAUUUUGAUAAACAUCAAUGCAAUCGAGAAAUAAUAUAAUCUGGCUCCUUUAAGUAAUAAAUCAAUAUCAAAAAUCACUUUUCAGCAUUGACGCCACUUAUUCAAGUGGUCUUGGACGGAUUGUCAAUGACAGCCCUAGGACAAAGGCAAAUGCUGUGAUGAGGAAAAUCAUCUUAGACAAUAAGACAUACCUCUGUCUAUUUGCGGCUGAAGACAUCGAAAAAGGCACAGAAAUCCGUUAUGACUAUGGCACAGACGACCUCCCCUGGAGAAAGGAAGGUAAAUAUUAUUACAUUAAUAUCACAAUGAAGGCAAUGGUUUAAGGAAUGUAGAGCAGUUGUUUUUUUUUCACUUUCUAAUGAAUUUCAAUCAUUGUGCUUGGUUAGCAAUCACAGAAAAUUGGUACAACACAUUAAUUACUGUAGAAUUGACAGGCUAUAGUAUUAAUGGUGGCUACUAAAAUAAAUGAAAUAACGAGGUUUAGAUUUUGCGUGAAUGUCUUUUUCUCAAUGUAACACUCAUAAAAUUUUCAGAAAUAAGUUUCAUCAAAUUGGACAAGAUUUCAUUAGAAUAUUGCACAAAUCACGAAGCAGUGAGUGCAAUAUUGGUUUUCAAGUGCAUAUACCUGCCAACUUUUUCUGAGAUAUAAGCGUGAGAUUUUUAUCCUGGGAGUGCUGGAAUUUUUGAAGACGACACGAUCAUUUCCGAAGAUUCCCGAAGAAGUCCGAAGUCUUCCGAAGACGUCCGAAGUCUACCGAAGGCGAAGUUAUCGAGAAAACGCUUAUCCACAAGGACCGACGUUAGUUGAUAAAAAUCAGAGAUCGCGAGGAAGGUAUUGUCAUUUAUUCAUUUUACACCUGGUUUUUGUUCCUUACAUGGGUCUGAGUUAACAUAUUUUUGGAAAUUGUGUCAAGCAAGAUGGCAACAACUCACAUUUUUCAAUCAGGCGUGAGAAAUUGGCCUGCAGGCGUGAGCCGGCAUGAGAUCGAAGUUUUCAACCCGCAGGCGUCAGACUCACGCCUAAGGCGUGAGAGUUGGCAGGUAUAAGUGCAAUUUAACAUCGAAUUCACAAGUCAGGUAAUUGAUUUUCCUUGAAUCGCAUAGUUGAAUAAAAAUAACACAAAAAGAGCAGCACACUCCAGAUAGCCAUUUCAAAGUCAACUGUCAGAACUGUCAUUGCGUUAGCAAAUAAGAAGCAAGGUCAGUCACAUAUGUUUGAACCAUAGCUUAAUUGACAACUGACACAACUUUAUUUGUACCUUGUGCUUGUUUUUACAUUUUAUUUUCAAACUUCACACUAAUCUUAAGGAUAAACGGUGGUUUUUCACUGAAUUGGCAUUUAUCUAUAAUAUCUUUUCUCAAUUUCUCUGUGCGCAUUAGAUCAUAUAUUUGAACCCUGUUUUGCGCCUAAUAUAUAAUAAAUUAUUAUUAUAUUCAAUUUUCCAAAUCAUUUGCUUGAGACUGAAAGAAAUUAAUCUCCAAGUGAAAGCACUGAAAGUUUAACAUUGCAAUUAAUAUAUAAGGUAAGAACCUUGAAAUGUAAAUACAUGUAUAUGUAUUAAUUUGCUGCUUCUCCAUCUUGUUUGGUUGAACAUUUGCUGGUGAUUUUUUGGGCCGUAUUCACAGGAAUUUCUUGCUUUCUUGUUGUCACGGAGCAAAAGACAUUUUUUAUGCCUUUCCAAGAAUUUGUAGUUCUGUUCAAAAACAAGGAAGAACCUCCAGCUCCCUUUGUAAAACACUUCUGUUUGUUUUUGGCUCUUCAAAAGGUGGCAAUGGUUUUGAAAACAUUUUAAAAUGACAUUGUAGAAAAACUUUUUUGUGGUUGUUGUGCUAGAAUUUGACCAUAGUUGUUACGUAGAUGCAAAACUAUAUUACUUUAGCCUUGUUUUCAAUUUGCAAUUCCAUGCUAAAUACCUCGCUUCGUUAACCAAUCAGAAUGCGAGAUUUUUUUUCAAUUAUGUGAUUCUAUUUAAAAUUUCAAAGUUGUCAAAUAAAACAUUAUUCUUCUAUUUUACCAUGACCAUUCGAAUACUGGUGUUUAGUUUUCUGAGUUUUACAGUAACACCUUGGUCCCAAGAACAUUUUAAUUUGGAGGAACAAACAGUCAAGUUCCAUCGAUUUGUAAUCGCAGCCCGUCAGCAUAACAGUUAUUCCCCCUCAAGAAUCUUUAACAAUUGCACGAGACACCAAUAUGCAGUUUGAACUACUACCAUCCAGUCGCACUCUCAGAUUCAGUGACAAUAGACCAGUUCCUGUGAAAUGCUGUGGUGCUGAGAAAAAGCGAGCUUCACCAUCACACUAACUGGCGCUGCUGAUGGGAAGAAACUGUAACCGCCUUGAGUGACCUUCAAGGAUGUUUGAACUCCCAGAGGCCUUGAUUGUUGUUCCACCAACAGGGAUGGAUGGAUGAAGCAGGUAAGCUAAUUAAAGUCACUUUAGAUUUCUUUCUAUCUGUUGAUUUGUACAAAUGAACGGGCAAGAUUCAGUGCGAAUUAGCAGUCAAUUUUUACAAACAAGAUACAGAAUUUUUCUUUGUGACUUAUGAGUUCUGUUUUUUAUUUCUUCUUUAUCUUAAGCAAUGGGUCCGUGCAUGCCGACCGAGAGGUCCUACAGCUGAGUGGUGUUGUUGGUUUGGGACUUAUUCCAUUUUCACUUGACAGAGCCAGUGAAGGAACAUUUGCAGCAGCAAUGGAUUGAUGCAGCAGUGAUUCCCCACUGCUUGACUCCAGUGCUACAGACUUUGGACAAGUGCCUGAAGAGAACAUGCGAAGGCACUACCUUUCAUGGUUGAUAUUAGGCCCCUUCGAGUUCACUCCAGCUGGCAAGAGGAAAGCUCUUUCCCGAAACCUGGUCCUUCCCUGGAUAAAGCAGGCUUGGAGCGAUAUUCCUAAAGAGAUGGUGAGGUGAUCCUUCAAGACUUGUGGCAUCUCCAAUGCACUUGAAGGAAUGGAAGACAAUGCCAUCUACGACCGUCCUGAAAUUGACGGAGAGGAUGAGGAGAUGAAAGAAGAAAUUGACACAGACAGCAAAGUUGAUGACGAACGCUGA